CUCGGAGCGUGUGACGCCGCAGGCCGCGGCGGAGCUGGGGAUUAAUGGGAAAAGUUUUGGCAGGAGCUGAGGGAUUCUGCGGAGCUUGCGGGACGGCUGCGGCGGCGGCGCGGGAGGCGACCGGGACAGUGCUGCGCAGCGGUGUGGGCAUGCACGUGACACUCACUCAGUGGCUCCUGCUCACCGACAGAUGAAGACGAACCCACGGUAAAGGUACCCAGGGAAGAAGGAGAGUCAGUUCCUGCUCACUGUCCUGUCCACUUCCUGCGCUCCCUAGCAUUUUUUAGGGAUUGACCUCAGGCGGUCCAUCUGCGCUCAGACCCAGAUGGUGCCAGAGCUAUGACCCGGCCUGCAGGCGCCACGCCGAGUGGGGGUCAGUCAUGGAGCAGCCACAGGAGGAGGCCCCUGAGGCCCGGGAAGAGGAGAAAGAGGAAGUGGCCACGACUGAAGGAGCCUCAGAGCUCAACGGGGGACCAGGGCACGUUCUUCCUUCCGGCAGCUGCACAGACCUCUCCCAGAAUUCCUCUCCUUCCUCCCUGCUGGACCAGCUGCAGAUAGGCUGUGAUGGGGCCUCCGGAGGCAGCCUCAAUAUGGAGUGCAGAGUGUGCGGGGACAAGGCCUCAGGCUUCCACUACGGGGUCCAUGCGUGCGAGGGGUGCAAGGGUUUCUUCCGACGGACAAUCCGCAUGAAGCUUGAGUAUGAGAAGUGUGAUCGGAGCUGCAAGAUUCAGAAGAAAAACCGCAACAAGUGCCAGUACUGCCGCUUCCAGAAGUGCCUGGCGCUCGGCAUGUCGCACAACGCCAUCCGCUUCGGACGGAUGCCAGAGGCCGAGAAGAGGAAGCUGGUGGCAGGGCUGACGGCCAAUGAGGGGUGCCAGCACAACCCACAGCUGGCCGACCUAAAGGCCUUCUCCAAGCACAUCUACAACGCCUACCUGAAAAACUUCAACAUGACCAAAAAGAAGGCCCGUAGCAUCCUCACCGGCAAAUCCAGCCACAACGCACCCUUUGUCAUCCACGACAUCGAGACGCUGUGGCAGGCGGAGAAGGGCCUGGUGUGGAAGCAGCUGGUGAACGGGCUGCCACCCUACAAGGAGAUCAGCGUGCAUGUCUUCUACCGCUGCCAGUGCACCACGGUGGAGACCGUGCGGGAGCUCACCGAGUUCGCCAAGAGCAUCCCCAACUUCAGCAGCCUCUUCCUCAACGACCAGGUGACGCUCCUCAAGUACGGCGUGCACGAGGCCAUCUUCGCCAUGCUGGCCUCCAUUGUCAACAAGGAUGGGCUGCUGGUGGCCAAUGGCAGUGGCUUCGUCACCCACGAGUUCUUGCGCAGCCUCCGCAAGCCCUUCAGUGACAUCAUCGAGCCCAAGUUUGAGUUUGCUGUCAAGUUCAAUGCACUGGAACUCGAUGACAGUGACCUGGCCCUUUUCAUCGCCGCCAUCAUUCUGUGUGGAGACCGGCCAGGCCUCAUGAACGUGCCGCAGGUGGAGGCCAUCCAGGACACCAUUCUGCGGGCUCUGGAGGUCCACCUGCAAGUCAACCACCCUGACAGCCCAUACCUCUUCCCCAAGCUGCUGCAGAAGAUGGCCGACCUACGGCAGCUGGUUACUGAGCAUGCCCAGAUGAUGCAGUGGCUAAAGAAGACGGAGAGCGAAACCUUGCUGCACCCUCUGCUCCAGGAAAUCUAUAAGGACAUGUACUGAGGCUGCAGCCCAGGCCUCUCCGGGCUCCAGCUGCACCCAGCCGUGGGACUGUUCAGAGUAGCAGCCCACAAGUACUGGGCACAGCCCAGGCAGCUGGGGCCCGUUCACAACACUCCAGACACGUGGCCCAGACUUCCACCUUCCCUCCUGCUGCCCAUGUCUCCCCAGCACCCCUCCUCUCCCCCUUGCCUUCUGCAGCAUCCUCCUCCUCCCAGCCUGUCCCCAUGUCUGUCCGAUCCAUGUCAGUGAGGCAGUUGGCACACUCACCAUGAGCCCAGAC